AGAAGCCUUUGUUUACCUUCUGAAAUGCAGAUAUUUGUUAAGACGUUAACCGGAAAGACUAUUACUUUGGAAGUUGAGCCUAGUGACACGAUCGAGAAUGUGAAGGCGAAGAUCCAAGACAAAGAAGGCAUUCCUCCAGACCAACAACGUUUGAUUUUUGCUGGUAAACAGUUGGAAGACGGUCGUACUCUGUCCGAUUACAACAUCCAGAAAGAGUCGACAUUGCAUCUGGUUCUCCGUCUGCGUGGUGGUAUGCAGAUCUUCGUGAAGACAUUGACUGGUAAGACGAUCACGUUGGAGGUUGAGCCUAGUGACACGAUCGAGAAUGUGAAGGCGAAGAUCCAAGACAAAGAAGGCAUUCCUCCAGACCAACAACGUUUGAUUUUUGCUGGUAAACAGUUGGAAGAUGGUCGUACUCUGUCCGAUUACAACAUCCAGAAAGAGUCGACAUUGCAUCUGGUUCUCCGUCUGCGUGGUGGUAUGCAGAUCUUCGUGAAGACAUUGACUGGUAAGACGAUCACGUUGGAGGUUGAGCCUAGUGAUACGAUCGAGAAUGUGAAGGCGAAGAUCCAAGACAAAGAAGGCAUUCCUCCAGACCAACAACGUUUGAUUUUUGCUGGUAAACAGUUGGAAGACGGUCGUACUCUGUCCGAUUACAACAUCCAGAAAGAGUCGACAUUGCAUCUGGUUCUCCGUCUGCGUGGUGGUAUGCAAAUCUUCGUGAAGACAUUGACUGGUAAGACGAUCACGUUGGAGGUUGAGCCUAGUGACACGAUCGAGAAUGUGAAGGCGAAGAUCCAAGACAAAGAAGGCAUUCCUCCAGACCAACAACGUUUGAUUUUUGCUGGUAAACAGUUGGAAGAUGGUCGUACUCUGUCCGAUUACAACAUCCAGAAAGAGUCGACAUUGCAUCUGGUUCUCCGUCUGCGUGGUGGUAUGCAAAUCUUCGUGAAGACAUUGACUGGUAAGACGAUCACGUUGGAGGUUGAGCCUAGUGACACGAUCGAGAAUGUGAAGGCGAAGAUCCAAGACAAAGAAGGCAUUCCUCCAGACCAACAACGUUUGAUUUUUGCUGGUAAACAGUUGGAAGACGGUCGUACUCUGUCCGAUUACAACAUCCAGAAAGAGUCGACAUUGCAUCUGGUUCUCCGUCUGCGUGGUGGUAUGCAAAUCUUCGUGAAGACAUUGACUGGUAAGACGAUCACGUUGGAGGUUGAGCCUAGUGACACGAUCGAGAAUGUGAAGGCGAAGAUCCAAGACAAAGAAGGCAUUCCUCCAGACCAACAACGUUUGAUUUUUGCUGGUAAACAGUUGGAAGACGGUCGUACUCUGUCCGAUUACAACAUCCAGAAAGAGUCGACAUUGCAUCUGGUUCUCCGUCUGCGUGGUGGUAUGCAGAUCUUCGUGAAGACAUUGACUGGUAAGACGAUCACGUUGGAGGUUGAGCCUAGUGACACGAUCGAGAAUGUGAAGGCGAAGAUCCAAGACAAAGAAGGCAUUCCUCCAGACCAACAACGUUUGAUUUUUGCUGGUAAACAGUUGGAAGACGGUCGUACUCUGUCCGAUUACAACAUCCAGAAAGAGUCGACAUUGCAUCUGGUGCUUCGUCUUCGAGGUGGUCAGUAA